GAUCCUCGUCUGGCUAUACCGAGAGAGAACUCCCGAAUGGACAAAACCAAUGUCUUAUCUGUGGCGAAGAAUUGAAGACUAAACAAGGUCUCCGAGGGCACUUAACCAGCCAUUCAUCUCGAAGGAUAUUUCGUUGCCCAAAAUUCCCCAGAAUGUUGCAAGCAGCGGCUUCGUUUCAGAACCAGUUGAAGAGGCACGAGAAUAAGACGUACUGCUCCGGUAACCCUCCACGAAACAUCACGAAACCAAUGCUCCACUCGUCCCGCCGGCGUAGUCCCUUCAAGAAGGUACACGAAGAAAGCCGUAGAGAUCGUUGCGAAGUCUGCUUCCAGAGGUUCAGCAAAUAUUACCUGACAGCCCACUAUUUCACCCACACCGACGAAAAGCGUUAUGAGUGCGUGCUUUGCGGGAAAGGAUUCGUCAACCGCUCUUAUGCUUCUCGUCACGUGAAAAGAGUGCACCCACGAUGGAAGGGUUCCCCUGGCAUAAUCCGCGACAUCAACAACCAAUCGAGGGACGGUGCCGAACGUAUUGAGAUUGGGGGAAGCCAACGAGGAAGGAGGAGGUGCGCCGAUUGUUUCAUGACCUUCUUCACCCACACUGAGUAUGCCGUCCACACUACUCUUGGACACAUGAGCCCGUCGGAACCGCCAGAGGCUCCUCACGACUGUGCUGGCUUUUCCAAAGGAGGCUCGCCAGACACUCAACGACAACAGUACGGGGCAGCAGCUACGAGUGGUACAACGACAGUAUCUUACAAGUGCGCCAUCUGUCACAAAACAGUCAGCACUCCCUCUGAACUCAUUCGCCACCUCAACAAACACAGCCAGAAAUUAACGGAUCCACGACUGCUUUCACAGGCCCCGUGCCUGGGCGGACGAUACCAAUGCCUCGUUUGCGGACUCACGAAGCCAAGCAUGCACACGCUAAGGAAGCACCUUUUGCGCCACGCCUCCGUGAAUAUAUUCCAAUGCCCCCUGUGCUCCAAGUGGUUCAAGACCCCGUAUACUUUUAUAAACCACCUAAAGUUGCACGUUCCACAUCGAGAAUCUUAUUGCUGUACCAUUUGCAGCAAGGAACUGGGUUCAAAACGUGGCCUGAUUCUACACACGAAGACUUUACACAGCAAAGACGGAGAAAAAGAACGCUGUGAAGUGUGCCUCAAGAUUAUGAGUAAGACCAGCUUACUCACACACUGUUACCUCCACACUGGCGAGAGGUCAUGCAAGUGUAAGAUAUGCAGAAAGCAGACGAAUACACGAAAAUCAGCGCUGCGGCACGUGAAGCAACACCAUCCUGAGUUGAAGCAACCGUCUGAAGCUGUCGUUCGCUGUAAUGCUUUGACGCAGGCCAGUCAGCAGUGGCGGAGAUGCAAAGUACUGAGAAAUGAAACGGCGAGGUGUGCCGUCUGCAGGUUGCAGUGCAAUAGCCAGAUGGACUACGUGGUUCAUGCAGUCAUGGCGCAUCUAACCUCGACUUCAUCCAAGGAAGGAACAGGACCCUACAAGCGGUUAACAGUUCAAGGAAUCCACGAUGGCGACUGUACGUUUGAAGAGGAUUAUUCCGCAAGGGUCUUGCCUUACAAGUGCGUCGUGUGUCCAGAAAAUUUUGAACAUUCGUGGGAGCUGAUCCAGCAUCUUCACGGCCACGAUUCGGAGCCUCUAGAUCCAGCCGUCCUUGCCAACGCGAACCUUCCUUGCGGCGGCUUCCAGUGUCCCAUCUGCGACCACACGCUUAACAGCAGAAGCUCACUGACGAUCCACUUCGGAAUUCACCGCGAAGUCACUCCUGACGACAUUCCAUCAUACCACUGCAUCACAGCUUCCCAUGUUGUGAGCCCUUCAGUUCGAUCACAGGGAGCUGUGGGAACCGGAGGCUAA